AUGUCCUGGAACGCGUCAGUCCUCAGUUCCGUAUCCUCGGAUACAGAGCCUACUGUUGUCAUCACCUUUGACUCUGCGAAGUACAUCUUUAAUGUCGGUGAGAAUACUACCCGCGCGUUUCUCCAGAGCAGGAGGAACUGGAAGAAGACUAGAGGCCUAUUCUUGACUUCUGUAGGCACUCAGCGAGCGAGCGGCCUUCCAGGUUUAUUGAUGACUUUUGCGGACUCGGGUCUUACUAGCCUCAAUAUUGCCGGGCCAGCCGGGCUGUUGCACUUCAUGGCAGUUAUGCGUAAAUACACAUUUAGGGAAAACCUCUCCGUGAACCCGAUCGAAAUACCUACUUCCCGCCUCCUGGAUGAAUCACCUGACGAUAUACCCAUCUACAAGGACGAUAAUAUUUCUGUGUUCGCAUUACCUGUUUCUGUCGAGGAUCAAUCACUGGAGGCCUCGGGAUCGGUCACACCGCUGCACUCUGAAACCAGUGUCGUCAACAAGAAAUCGGGAAAGAGGAAGCGUUCACCUUCUCCUUCUGCACCGCCGCUACAGGAAGUCAUAUCUCACCCUGACUUCGAUCCCACCACGCUCGUCGGCGACAUGGCACAGGAAUGGCUUCGACACAUCGUGCGCACAAUGUUUCCUGGGUCUGCCGCCAAACCCGCUAUUUCGUCCGCGAAGGCUUCAACCGUCCCUUACCUUCAUUACCCCCAAUGCAAUCUACGUGCAACACUCGCAUAUGCGGUGGUUGGUCCGCGGGUUCGGGGAAAGUUUGAUGUCAAGCGCGCGGAGGCACUUGGUCUGAAGGCUGGGCCGUUACGUGCACGGGUUGCAAGGGGAGAGACGGUACUUGUAGUGGGCAAAGAUGGAGUGGAGAGAAGUGUGGGACCGAGUGAUGUCGUAGGUGCUAGUGAAGAUCCUGGGGUCGUGUUGAUACUGGAUGCGCCCAGCACUGCGCAUAUAACUCCUCUCGUCAAGGGGUUUGAGAGGCCGGAUAAGAAAGAUCAUGCGCUGAGGGUUGUAUUUCAUCUUUGUGGCAAUGAUGUAUUUGAGGAUGAGCGGUUCGAGGACAAUGUACACCAUAUCGUUGCAUCUAGAGACUAUGUGCCAGAUCCGAUCACAUUUACUAGCGCGGCGUUCAACCAGCUAAGGCUCAACUACCUGGAUAGCAACAUUUUCCCCGUGCCCAAAUACUCUCUAGAGGCUAAGAAAGCUCUCGACAGUAAGUUUCGACGGACCUCCCAUCCCAAUACUGAUUGUAUGCGUGCGCAUACCAUCAUCGACAUCCGUCCGCCACGACCACCACUACGAGACUCUGAGGCGGAGGCAAAUGAUCUUUUUCACCCCGCCGCAGUUGUAACACAAUUUUCCGAGGCACAAGCACACGUCGACGAGGCUACAGUACCCGAUGUCAUAGGUAAGGACGUCACGGUGGUUACGCUCGGAACAGGCAGUGCCAUACCUAGCAAGUACCGAAAUGUUUCUGGUACACUCGUAUGUAUCCCAGGAGCAGGGUAUAUUCUCUUGGAUGCAGGAGAGGGUACAUGGGGGCAACUCUCCAGGAACUAUGGAACUGCUGUGUGGGACGUUUUGAGGGGCCUAAAGUGCAUAUUCAUAAGCCACAUUCACGGCGACCACCACAUUGGUCUCGCAAAGAUUUUGGCGAUGAGACAGCAUGUACAACCACUCUACCUCAUCAGCAAUCGCAUGAUAUUCCUCUAUCUUCGGGAUUAUAACGCGCUUGAGGAGCUUGGGUUCUCGGAAGAUGCUCGGGCCCGUGUGAUACCUAUCCUGAGUGAUGAGAUUCAUUGGCGAAACAAGGGACGGGGCGGGUGGAAUUAUGGUGACCAAGAUCAGAAGGGGUGGGUAUCGAGGCUUGCGGCAGGAGCGUUGUGCAAAACGCUUGGAUUGCAGAAAAUAAAUACCGUCGAUGUGGAGCAUCGCGCGAGGUGCCAUGGGUUAAUCGUCAAGCAUUUGGAUGGGUGGUCUGUCGUGUUCUCGGGUGAUACAGUCCCAACCCAAAAGCUCGUGCAGGCAGGCGCUGGAGCCACUCUGCUGAUCCAUGAAGCCACCAUGGCCAAUGAUCAAGUUGAGAUGGCGCGCGCCAAGAUGCACAGCACCUUUGGACAGGCAAUCGAUAUAGGCAAGAGCAUGAACGCACAAAACAUCCUCCUUACACACUUCUCGGCUCGCUACCCCAAGAUGCCACCUUCUGUAUCUGAGCGUCAGGCUGGCGACCCUGUUGUCGCAUUUGCAUUCGACCACGCUAACAUCAAGAUAGGGGACAUGUGGAAGAUGGGCGCGUACGCACGCGCGAUCGAGCAGAGUUUUAUUGAUAUUGCUGAUAUUGAGGGGGAGGAGCUGGAGGUGAUUGACGCCGCACACGUGGAUAUCAGUUGAUGCCAUACGGUUGGAAGCCUGAUAAUUCACUUUCCUAAUCUGGGUUUUCAGGGACUUGAGUAUUUCAUGCAGGCAAAAAACAAAACCCUUCUUGGUAUUCGUGGAGGGACUAAUUUCAAAAGUAUUUGUACCAGAUAUCAAGUAGAUACUAGGCCAGCCAGGUGCAUUUCUGUGCUAUCUCCUGUAAAUAUGCGGGUACUUGCAAAUGCGAUCGGUCCUGCCUCGACGUUGUGCUCGACGACGACGUGCAUGCUAGCAGCGC